GGUCCCGACGUGAGUAGGAGUCGCGUAGAGCCACAGUAUAGUGUAAGCUGCCGCCGCGCGGGAAUUGGACGGGGACGUCACGUACGGUCGUCUUCGCGGCGGCCGCGCUCCUCUAUCUCACUUUCCUCCGGCUUCCUCUCGCGGAACGCGCGCGUCUCGGUAUUAUCGAGUGGUCCGAGAAUCCCGACCGGAUUCUCUCUCAUUGAUCUCCCGCGGUGAUCUCGCGGUGAAAGUAUAUACAAAAAGAGGGAAAGAGAGAGAGAGAGAGAGAGAGAGAGAGAAUACACACGCGCGCGCGCGCGCGUACAUCUGUCCGAUGAACUCCACGUGGUGUUGCGGCGCGACGUUUCUCGGAUACGCAUUAUAAGCUAGCAUCAUCGCGGAUCAUGAGGCUGCUCGUGGAGGUCUUCUUCCUUUGGAUGCCGCUGCUGGUGCCGCGGAUCUUACUAGCGGCGGAUUCCUCUACGCAAGCGACGACGGAAUGCCCGCAGAAAUGCGUGUGCUUCAUGAUGCAUGUGCGAUGCAUGUUCCAAAAGCUGAGCCAGAUGCCGCGGGUGCCUGCCAACACCACCGUUCUGGAUCUUCGAUUUAACAGUAUCACGGAGGUGCGACCGGGGACGUUCCGCGGUCUCGACAAGCUGCACACCCUGUUGCUAAACGACAACCACAUCCGACGUCUGGCCGCGGGCACGUUCGAGGGCGCGCCUAAUCUACGGAUACUCUACUUGUACAAAAAUCGAAUCGAACACAUCGCGCCGGGAGCGUUCGCGCGUCUGCCGCGGCUCGAGCAGCUUUAUCUCCAUCACAACCACCUGCGGGAGAUACGAGCCGGCACGUUCAACGAUCUCCCGGCGCUCGAGCGUCUGUUUCUUCACAGCAACAAGCUGCACCGGCUGCCGGCCGACGCGUUCGUCAACGUCGGCCCGAUGACGCGGCUGCGUCUCGACAGCAACGCUCUCGUCUGCGACUGCAAUCUGAUCUGGCUGGUGGAGCGCACCCGUGACAGACCUACGGAGAUGGCGGCGAUUUGCCAGUCCCCGCACAGGAUGAAGGGUCGCUCCUUGACGACGAUGUUGCCCGAGGAUUUUCAUUGCACAAAGCCGCGCAUAAUAGAAGGACCGGAAGAUACCGUGGUACGAUUUGGAGAGACGAUGAUAUUGAGGUGCCGAGUGACGGGCGAUCCAAUGCCGAAGGUCAAGUGGAUGAAAGACAGAUGGAGGUACUCGGAAGACGAUGAUGAUAGCGACAAGUACGAGAUUCGCGAGGACGGCGAGAAGUACGUGAUCCGCGAGGAUGGCAGUCUAGUGGUGACCGACAUGACCGAGCAGGACAGCGGAGUGUACGAGUGCGUGGCAAGCAGCGAUAUGGGUUCGACCAAGUCGAGGAAGGCGAGGGCGGUGAUCACGGCGGCGUCCCACUUGGUAUUCGUUGAGAAGCCAGAAUCGCAGAAUGUGACCGCCGGCACCAACGUGACCUUCUCCUGCCGAGUCCUGGGCAAGCACAAGCCGAACGUACGUUGGCUCCGAGAUGACCAACCGAUCCCGUUCGGCGACAGAAUUGCUCUCAAGAACGACGAUACCACGCUGCGCAUCCUCGCGGUUAAGGAAACCGACGCGGGCAGAUACCAGUGUCAUCUCAAAAGCGUUGACAAGAGCGUGGUUCUUUUCGCGGAUCUGCGCGUCAUCGAUUUCACCGCGCCCCGAUUGAUCUUCAAGCCGCAGGACAUGGAAGCGGAACCGGAUGCCAUAGUCGAGGUACCGUGCCGAGCCGAGGGCAAACCGAAACCGGUGAUACAAUGGAAGAAGGACGGUAGCGCGCUGGAAAGCAACAGGAUUAAGAUCACCCGCGGCGGGAGUCUUCUCAUUUUCAACGUGAUCCCGCAGGAUACGGGCAGAUACGAAUGUUCAGCCAUAAACGAUUACGGCCGCGCAACUGCCGAUGCUUUGAUACGCGUUCGGCAACCUAGUGCGACGGACACGCUCGUCAUACGAGCCUUUCAAAAUGCCAACGAGGAGAUCGAUCGUGCCAUCAAUAAGACGCUGUCAUCUUUAUUCAAUCCCGAUGGCACGACCAAACACGUCAAUCCAUUCCGGCUAGCGCGUUUCCCGAAUGCCAUCAGUCGCGCGGCUGCCAGACCUGCCGAACUUUUCGAGAGAACCCUCGUCAAUAUUCGACGCAUGGUGAACGCCGGCAUUAAAGCGAAUGGGACCGGUGAAUUUCAUUACGAGGAGAUCCUGACGCACGAACAGGUUAAACAAAUUGAACAGUUAUCCGGAUGCACUGGUCACAGACAUCGGCAGAACUGCACCAACAGGUGCUUCCAUCGCAAGUACCGCACCAUAGACGGCAGUUGCAACAAUAUACGUCAUCCCACUUGGGGCUCGUCGCACACUGGAUUCCGCCGAGUACUGCAGCCCAUCUAUGAGAAUGGUUUCUCAACACCGGUCGGUUGGCAGAAGGAACGACGAUACUACGGUUAUCCGAAGCCAGCUGCGCGUCUCGUGUCGACCACACUGAUAUCUACGCACGACAUCACGUCCGAUCAUCAAAUUACCCACAUGGUGAUGCAGUGGGGCCAGUUCUUGGAUCAUGAUCUUGAUCACGCGUUGCCAUCGGUGUCGAGCGAGUCCUGGGACGGGAUCGAUUGCAAGAAAUCAUGCGAUAACGCCGCACCCUGUUUCCCAAUGGAAGUGCCGCCAGGUGAUCCUCGGGUCAACAAUAGACGGUGCAUCGACUUCGUAAGAACCAGCGCCGUGUGCGGCUCGGGCGCGACUAGCGUCUUAUGGGGUGGCCUGACACGGCGAGAACAGUUGAACCAAUUGACCAGCUACCUGGACGCGUCGCAGGUUUAUGGUUACAAUGACGAAGUGGCGCGUGAUCUACGUGAUUUCACGACGGAUCACGGAUUACUACGGGAGGGUCCUACUAUCCCUGAUCACAAGCCUCUGCUACCAUACGCGUCCGGACAGUUCGUCGACUGUCGCAGGAAUCCGCUCGAAAGCUCGAUCAACUGUUUCGUCACCGGUGACAUUCGCGCAAACGAGCAAGUCGGCCUGUUGGCUAUGCACACUAUUUGGCUGCGUGAGCACAACCGCAUCGCUCGCGCGUUACGCGAGAUGAAUCCGCAUUGGAAUGGCGAGAAACUGUAUCAGGAGGCCAGACGUAUCGUCGGUGCCGAGAUGCAGCAUAUUACUUAUCAGCAUUGGUUACCGCGAAUAUUCGGUUCGACGAUCGAUGACUUUCUGUUGUCUUACCGCGGCUACGAUCCCAGUAUCGAUGCCAGUAUAUCCAACGUCUUCGCUACUGCCGCUCUGCGCUUUGGUCACUCGCUCAUCCAGCCGCGUCUCGAGCGUCUAAAUGCCUCGUUUCAGCCGAUUCCUCAAGGUGCUCUCAACUUACGUGACGCCUUCUUCGCGCCUUGGCGAUUGGUGGAGGAAGGUGGCGUUGAUCCUCUAAUCCGUGGUAUGUAUGCCACCGCAGCGAAGCUGAAGCUGCCCGAACAGAAUCUCAACGUCGAGCUCACUGAGCAGCUGUUCCGCAGCGCGCACGCGGUUGCGUUGGACCUGGCUGCGAUGAAUAUUCAGCGAGGACGGGAUCACGGAUUACCCGGUUACUUGGAGUGGCGCGAUUACUGCAACAUGUCGCGCGUAGAGACGUUCGAGCAUCUGGCCGCUGACAUUAGCAGUGGUCGAGUGCGACAAAAACUGCGCGAAUUGUAUGGUCACCCGGGUAAUAUAGACGUCUGGGUCGGCGGUAUUCUGGAGGAUCAACUGCCAGGCGCGAAGGUCGGACCACUAUUUAAAUGUCUUCUACUAGAACAGUUUCGACGCACUCGAGAUGGCGAUCGGUUUUGGUACCAGAGUCCCGAAGUCUUCCGCGCGGAGCAACUCGCGCAGAUUCAGCAAGCCUCGCUCGCCAGAAUCCUGUGUGACAACGGCGAUAAUAUCACUCGCGUGCAACCCGACGUGUUCCUGCUGCCUGAGGGUCGCAACGACUUCAUCAGCUGCGAUGAGAUUCCCUACGUGGAUCUGAACGCGUGGUCCGACUGCUGUGACAAUUGCGAGGAUCGCGACAACAGCAUUUCUCGCGUGCGUAGAGAGGCUGAGAAGUAUCUCGCGCCUGAUCGCGACUAUGCAAAAGACAUGAAAUCGUUGAAUCAUAAUGAGAAAGUCAAAUACUUGGAGAACAUGUUGGAGGAGAGCGAUCGAGAGGCUACGAGGUUGCGAGAGCAGGCCGACGACUUAUUGCAUAGAGUAAAAAAGCUUAGGACAUUAUUAGAAGACGUCAAAACACGAUAACAAGUAAAUCGCAUAAAUGCCCAUGCUUAGAUUCUUCUUCUGCUUCGGGUGAGUUCUUGCACUUCCGUCUCUGAUAUAUUUUAUUUCUCUCGUGCAUUUAUUAGAAACA